CUCUGACGCUUUGGACGUUACCUGCUACAGCAAGAACGGUGUGUACUGUCAGCAAAACAAGAGUGGUGAUAGGCUCGGUCGACGAAUUUCAAUGGCACGUUAUGUGUAGACACUCCACAACCACCGCUCAACGUUUGAAAAUUUCCACUUUCUGCCUGGAGGAACCCGAAAUAUGAUGGUAGCUUGUGUACUUAAAGCCGUACCCGAUUCCUACUUUGGUACAUCAUCGUUAAGUCCCAUUUUAGUAUAGCUCUCAGAACAAUCCUCCCUGUUAAACUCCGUCUUGACAUACUAUCAACCCAACCUUUCAAACCACCUCCACUACCACAUCAAACCAACUCUCAAUGGUUAUCAAGAUGGCUCGCCGCUCCAGAUCCAGCCCGCCCACUGCGCAAAGUGAGAUCGACAAAUACAAUACAAUUAAAUCACAUCGUCGACUCGGCUUCACCUUUGAUGAGCUCGAGAUGCUAUACUUUGGUGAAGAGGGCCGGGGAUUCCCGGAACCUUUGCGCGUCACGCAAAGAAUCUGGAAGAACCAAAGGACUUUCCACGGCGUCUUGGAGGUCCUAAAACGAUACGCCAACAAGCGUCCGGAGGAGGUUCGCGUUUCCAUCCGAAACUUUGAGAAUCAGCGCGAAACGGAGCGACGAAUGCGACAACUUGCCGAGGCUACUGAGCGACUUGCUCAGGCUAUCAUGGGACCGAUUCCCGGUGAACUACCUAUGGACCAGCCACAACAAGGUGGCUUCGCCAGCAACUUUGGGGACCAGCACCCUUUUGGUCCGCAGCCGGGGUACCAAUGGAAAGGCCCAAUAAUGGGAAAUACAGCGGUACCAGGGCCUUUCAUGCAUGGCCAAAUGGCCCAAGCCAACGGUGCGGCAGGCAACCUUCUUCCCUUGGGCGUCAAUGCCGGAUUAGUGGAUGCAUUCGAACACCCCGCCACGCUCACCGCCCAAGAUAAUCUCCAUGGCGGUACUCCUACUCCUAUGGAGUUGACUCCUGCAGAGCGUUGUGACUGGCUCCCUGAAGUGCCUUCAGAUACUCGGCUCAUCGCCCCUGCUCUUACUCCCGACGUCUCUUCCCGAGAGAUGUCUUUCGAUGCUAUUUUCCCGGAGAAAUCUCCAGAUUCUCCGCUCCUUCCCGCUGAGAAUCUCAACGAAGAACAAUCUCUUGGCGACUCAUUUGCGUUAUCUUCUCUGGAGUAUGAACUAUCCAACAGGGGUAGUUCAUCAAACGCGUUGGACACAGCUGGGUUCAAUCUGUUCGACGAUCUAUUUACCACGGAAAGUUCAUCACAUAAGUUGGACACAAUUGACAUCAACACGUUCGACGAGCAAGACAGCCUCAUCAUGGAGGCCAUAGGGGAUACCCGAGGUGCAGGUACAAAGUCAGUGUGAGCGGAGGCAGGGUGGAAUAUGUCUUAGCGAAGGGGAAAGGAGACAGAUGUGCUUUUUA